AUGCCGACGAGGAUGCUGAGGGCGGCGACCAGAUGGAAGGCAACUCGCGAGCCUUCGAGGCCGAGUAUGGUGGUGGGAGCAAGGAGAAUAGCCACAAGGCUGCCAAAAACGGACCCGAAGCUGGAUGUGAGGUGGAGCCACCCAAAGGCGGUCCCACGGUUGGACUCGUUGGUCGAGUCGGCUAUCAGGGACUGGAUGGAAGGGAUCACAAUGGCUAAGCCGAUUCCUGAAUGUGGAGGAGAUGGCAACGAGGAAGGUAGCGGCGGCCCAGAGGAAGGCACCGAGGGCGAUGACGUGCGUCCUGUUGUGGCGAGUAGCGAGGUAGGCGGCGACCGGGAAGCACAGUGCCUGCACGAACGAUUUGUAGAAGGUAAGCGAGCCCAGAUGGGUGGGGUCGGCAUGCAAAGAUUCUCCGACCUCCUUGUAAACCGCCGGCAGCAGCUGCUCGUCAGCGUUGUCCAUUAUUCCGGCGAGGUUCACCAGAAACAGGCUGAGCUCAGAAGCCCCGAGCCAUCAUCUGCAUCUUCAUGUUUAAGAUCUUUGCUGAAGGAAAAAGAUUCGAAAAUUCAGCAGUUAGAGAGAGAGAUAAAUGAGUUGAAGCGCGAAAGAGACCUUGCACAAUCUCAGCUUGUGUUAGAACGAAGCUCACGCAAAGAACAAAAGGAAGGAGUAGAUGAGGCAGCACAUAGUGAAGGGGAUGCCUAUAGACACGUAGAGCGCCUUGCCAAGUGCCCGCGCAUUCUCCUUCCAAACACAUUCUGUGACAAUAAUCCCACGGUUGGAGGCGCGAACGAGGAUAGGAUGGUCUCGAAUGACCUGUCCAAGGCCGAAGUCGCCACAAUAAACAGCGACCAGAUAGUAGCAGUAGUCCCAUUCGAAAAUCCCAUUAGCUCGAGCCACAUUCUCCCGAACGAGAGUGCCGACCAAGGGAAGCUUCCGGACACACCCUGCAACACCAGAAUCCUGAAAGACGGGACUUUUAUCACGUCCCUAGCCUCCUUAAGCAGAUUCCUUGCUUCCUCACCAAGAAAAGAUUUCGUGGGUUCUUGA